GCGCCUUAUAAGAUCACGUGCGCUACCACAUGGCUUUCUUUUCUCGCGAAGACAGCACCGUAUACACCCAGUAGGUUAGGGGUUGUCAGCGGCCAAACGUGAGAAUAUGAACCAGAAGCCGAGUGUACAAGUCUUCGGACGAAAGAAGACGGCGACUGCAGUGGCCCACUGUACACAGGGGAAUGGCAUCAUCAAGGUGAACGGGAGACCUCUGCACUUAGUGGAGCCUUCCACCCUCAGAUACAAGCUGGAGGAGCCUCUGCUGCUGCUAGGGGCAGAGAAGUUCAUGGGGGUAGACAUACGGGUGAGGGUGAAGGGAGGAGGCCAUGUCUCCCAGGUCUACGCCAUACGACAGGCCAUCAGCAAAUCCCUCGUCGCAUAUUACCAGAAAUAUGUCGACGAAGCAAGCAAGAAGGAGAUAAAGACGUGCUAACAGCCUACGACAGAUCUCUCCUGGUUGCCGAUCCACGCAGAGCUGAGCCCAAGAAAUUUGGCGGUCCUGGUGCCCGCUCAAGAUACCAGAAAUCUUAUCGAUGAUUCGGGCAGCUCGUCUGCUGCCUUUGUCACUCUACACUCUAUAGUAUACGGAUGAUGUACUGACUUGUGAAUAGAGAAUUUUAAACUUUGACCUAGAGCCACGUGCGCGCACGCUGUUACUAAGCAACGUGAAAACAAAUCUUCCGACUAGCAAGCUGCUCGUAAAGAUGCAGGGGAUCGCGGUGAUCAGGCGAUUUGUAGUGAAGUGAAACUGUUGGAGAGGAGGAGUGAAUGCAGGCGGGGAGCAGCGGGCGGCAGAGACGCAGCAGCGCGACCCGCAGGGCGGCGAUGGACAAGUACGAGCGACUGCACAAGAUCGGGGAGGGGGCGUAUGGAGAGGUGUUCAAAUGCAUCCACCGAGCGACUGGGGAGGCAGUGGCGAUAAAGAGGUUCACGGACAGCGACGAGGACCCGAAUAUCAGGAAGAUGUGUACCAGGGAACUCGGCAUGCUAAAGAAGCUGCGUCAUGGCAACUUGGUGAACCUCCUGGAGGUGUUUCGACGACGCAAGAGACUCCAUCUGGUGUUUGAGUACUGUGACCACACCCUCCUUAACGAGCUGGAGACUCACAAGAGAGGGAUGGCAGAGGGGGACAUUCAGAGGAUCAGCUGGCAGAUACUGCAGGGUGUGGACUACUGCCAUCGCAACGGAGUGAUCCACCGAGACGUGAAGCCGGAAAACAUCCUCAUUUGCAAGAACGGAGUUGUCAAGCUUUGCGACUUUGGAUUUGCAAGAAACCUCACUGGCCCAGGAGGACACUACACAGACUAUGUGGCCACCAGAUGGUACAGGUCCCCUGAGCUGCUAGUUGGUGACGUACAGUACGGUCCUCCUGUUGACGUGUGGGCAGUGGGGUGUGUGUUUGCUGAGAUGCUGACAGGGCAAGCCAUCUGGCCCGGUAGAUCUGACGUUGACCAGCUCUACCACAUCCGAAGAACCCUCGGUGACCUGACCCCAAGGCACAUGGAGAUAUUCUCCAACAACUCAUAUUUCAAGGGUAUCUCGAUCCCCGAGCCAGCAGUGCAUGAAGCACUGUGUGUGAGAUAUUCCAGGUUCUCUCAUCAGACUGUCUCAUUUCUUGAGGGAUGUCUGGUAAUGGAGCCAGCAGGGCGACUGACAUGUGAUGAGCUACUUGACCACUCCUACUUCACCGUGUUCCGAGACUGGUUCCAGCCCGAGCUCGAGAUGCUGCUGGCUAAAGAUGCCAGGAAGAUUGCCAGAUCUAAAUCAAGGGUCAUGUAUUCCCGAAGAGCAGCCACAGGAGCAACUAGCAUUCCUCCCUGUCCGCACGACCCCCCCUCCUCCCUCCUGGAACCCCAAUUAGAGCCCACCUCCUGCACCCUCCCUCAGUUGACCUCCGUUACCUCUGGCCACACCCACGAUCAACAGUUGCCACAGCAACAAGCUGAGAAGAAAACUGAGUCAAGAUUAGACCAUUUGCCCUCCAUUUGACAGUCAGCCAUUUUACUGUCUGAGAAGACUGCUAAUGAAUCAACCAUUUUCUAUAUGAAAAGCACUAAAGUGCAAACCCUCGGCACACUGUGGAACCCACAC